UUCCCGGCCUCCAGAUUUAGGCGACCCAGCCCUCUACUUCCAGGACCUAGGCACCCCGGGUCUCCACCUCCCGGAUCCAGUCGUCCCGGAUCUGCACCAACAGGACCUCCUGCAAACCCCCGCCACCUGGGCUCACUUAAACCUUCAGGAGGCUAGCUUCACGUCCGAGCCAAGAAAUUCCUGUAUUCCAAACUCCAAGCUCCCAGAAUUUGGGCAUCUGGUAUCGUAGCCUGGAAGAACAGAGGAGUCCCAGCGCUCGCUUAGGGAACUCAGAUACUCUAGCUUCCAAGAGCCAAGGAACUUCGUCGUUGUGAAUUCGCAACUCGAAGGAGCUCUCCGAAGUUCCAGCCUCUAGGCGCUGUUACUCAACUCUCAGUCCUAAGGAACGUCGGCGUCCUCUUGAGCCUAAGCACUUCCAAUUUUUAGAGGCUAAAGAAACCCAGUGCAUCCCAUCAUGGUGGCCGAUCCCCCCAGUGGUGGAGACCCCAAGGGGUUUGCAGAGGCGGAGCCCACCGCGAACGGUGGCUCGACGCUAGUCCCUACGGGGGACAAAGGCGAGGCAGCAGGCGGCUGCUGCCGUUCUCAGGACCAGGUACGCCGCUGCCUUCGAGCCAACCUGCUGGUGCUGCUGACGGUGGUGGCCGUGGUGGCCGGCGUGGUGCUGGGGCUGGCGGUUUCCGGCGCCAGCGGCAAGUUAGCCCUGGGCCCCGAGCACCAGACCGCCUUCGCCUUCCCGGGCGAGCUCCUACUGCGCCUGCUAAAGAUGAUCAUCUUGCCGCUGGUGGUGUGCAGUCUGGUCGGCGGCGCCGCCAGCCUGGACCCAAGCGCUCUGGGCCGCCUGGGUGCCUGGGCGCUGCUCUUUUUCUUGCUCACCACCCUGAUGGCGUCGGCGCUCGGAGUGGGCUUGGCACUAGUGCUGAAGCCCGGCGCCGCCUUCGCAGCCAUCAAUGCCUCGGUCGGGACCACGGACUCUGUUAAACAGACCGCCAGCAAGGAAGUGCUGGAUUCCUUCCUGGAUCUUGUGAGAAAUAUCUUCCCUUCCAACCUGGUGUCUGCAGCCUUCCGCUCAUACUCUACUACCUCCUACAGAACGAUCAAUGGGACCACACUCAAUGGAACCACUGUGAAGAUUCCGGUUGGGGAGGAGGUGGAGGGCAUGAACAUCUUGGGCUUGGUGGUGUUUGCCAUCAUCUUUGGUGUGGCCCUGCGGAAGCUGGGGCCUGAGGGGGAGCUGCUCAUUCGCUUCUUCAACUCCUUCAACGAGGCCACCAUGGUGCUGGUCUCCUGGAUCAUGUGGUACGCCCCUGUGGGCAUCAUGUUCCUGGUGGCCAGCAAGAUUGUGGAGAUGGAUGACGUGGGGAUACUCUUCACCAGUCUGGGCAAGUAUAUCCUCUGCUGCCUGCUGGGCCAUGCCAUCCACGGGUUCCUGGUACUGCCCCUCAUCUACUUCCUCUUCACCCGAAAGAACCCCUACCACUUCCUGUGGGGCAUCAUGACGCCGCUAGCCACCGCCUUUGGGACCUCAUCCAGUUCCGCAACGCUGCCGCUGAUGAUGAAGUGCGUGGAGGAGAAUAAUGGCGUGAGCAAGCACAUCAGCCGCUUUAUUCUGCCCAUCGGCGCCACUGUCAACAUGGACGGCGCGGCCCUCUUCCAGUGUGUGGCUGCAGUGUUCAUUGCCCAGAUCAACCUGCAACCCCUGGACUUUGUGAAGAUUAUCACUAUUCUGGUUACUGCCACAGCAUCCAGUGUGGGGGCAGCAGGCAUCCCUGCUGGAGGUGUCCUCACUCUGGCCAUCAUUCUCGAAGCAGUCAACCUCCCUGUCAAGGAAAUCUCUUUGAUUCUGGCAGUGGAUUGGCUAGUGGACCGGUCCUGCACUGUCCUCAAUGUGGAAGGGGAUGCUUUGGGGGCAGGACUUCUCCAAAAUUAUGUGGAUCGUACAGAGUCUAGGAGCCCCAUUCCUGAGUUGGUUCAGGUGAAGAGUGAGAUGCCCUUGAAUCCACUACCAGCCCCCACUGAGGAAGGGAAUCCCCUCCUCACACACUACCGGGGACCUGUGGUGAAUGCUACCUCCGAAAAGGAAUCAAUCAUGUGAAUCUCAGGAGGAAUCUUCCCUGCCGUAAUGAAGGCCAUAUCAUGAAGAAUGGCUACAAUGG